CGUCGCUCUCUUCCACCAUCCUUGUCCUCAUCGCCUAAGCUCCAUCAACCCUCAGUCCCUAUCACCAGCCCUGCUGUUGUUCGUCCGUGCUCCUAUCUCCCCAUCUCCCAUCUCCCCAUCUCCCUUCUCCCAGCUCCCAUUUCCCAGCCGCACCACGAUGCGCAGAGAGGUUCUCCAGACAUUCUGCGUGCUUGGCACUAUCGUUCCCGAGGCCAUUCUCGAAGCCAUGCUUAUCCCGCUCUAUCCCUUCAUGGUGCGAUCCAUGAUGAAAGACUCUGUCACCGAUAUCGGAUACUAUGUUGGCCUGCUCGGCUCGGCAUUCUACUUCCCGCUGCUCUUCAUGAACCUCGUCUGGGGCGGCGUCUCGGACCGCUACGGCCGCAAGCCCGUCCUGAUUAUCGGCCUCGUCGUCUGCGGCAUCUGCACCUUCACUAUCGGCACAACCUCGUCAUUCUGGGUAGCUUGGAUGUGUCGGUUCAUGGCCGGCUUCUUUGGCGGCAGCUCCACAGUCGCCAAGGGCAUGCUCGGCGAGAUCUUCACCAACGAGACCGAUCGUGCCUGGGGAUAUGCCAUGUACGGCACCGUCUACGGCGUGGCCGGCAUCGUCGGCCCACUCAUCGGUGGCUACCUGUUGGAUCCCAACGAUCCCCAUCCGAUUCACUACCCAUGCAUGCUCGGCGUCGGCAUGGUUCUCGUCAGCAUCCUUGGCUGGACCCAGAUUCCCUCGGGCGCGCCGACCCGCAAGCCCGUCCCUUCCGAGCCCGAGCCUGAGCCCGAGCCUGAGCCCGAGUCGUCCAAGGCGUCCGAUGAGUUCGAGCCACAGAACCGCAAAUCAUCGUCGUCUUCGACCCGUGAACCCUCCAUCUUGAAAAUGUCUGCAGUCGAACCCCGCGACGGCAAGGUCUUUGUCGCCCAGUCGCCGUCGCCAUACAUGUCACUCCUGACCCCGCGGCUGCUCUUCCCGAUCUCAAUCUACUGCAUCAUCGCCUUUGGCAACAUGUCCUAUGCAACGGCGCUGUCGCUCUUCUUCUCGGCCUCGCCCAAGACUGGCGGCCUGGGACUCUCGCCCAAGCUCGCCGCCUCGUUCAUGUCCAUCCUGCCGGCCGCCAAGCUCGUUGUGCAAUUCUUCUUGUUUUCGCGACUGCACCGCAUCGUCGGCGUCUAUCGGACCUACCAAAUCGGCAUGAUCGGCAUGAUGACGCUUCUGCUGGUCGUGGGGCUGCCCUCGCUCUCGAGCCUGGUGUCCUUCCCGACGCUGUCCGUCAUCAUGGCCUGUCUUGGCACCGGCGAGGCCCUGGCCUAUCUGUCCGUAUUCAUGCUCAUCACCGAGGGCGCCAAGGGCUCCAACCUGGGACUUGCCCACGGAUUCGCGAGCACCUGUGCAGCGGGUCUAAGGACCAUCAGUCCGGCCCUGACCGGUUAUCUGUGGGAACUUGGAAUCCACACAAGACUCUAUGGGCUCAUCUUUCUGCUCCUGUCGCUGCUGGGGCUGCUCGGCGUCUACAUGUGUCAAAACGGCCCUGCAUGGGUUGCCCACUAUGAGGGCUCAACCAGAACCGACCCGCGAUCUGAAUCCGAGUCUCUGCUGUCGGAAUAACCACAACCCCUGAUACCGUUGCCUGUGCACAUGACUUCUUUGCAAAGGAGCUAGAACGCAGUCGCCGAGAACAUGGCGGUCUCGGGGCAGCCAGCGAGUUCUGGUAUGAGCGAGUGGAUUCUGAAUGAAGGUGUCGCUGCAUCAAAUGGCAGCACUGUCACUGCCCCGCUGCGUAUGCUAUGCCAAUAUAGCGAGCCGACCUCAUCAAUGUAUGCCACGUAUCCGAAACGAAACAGCUUCAGGAUCCUGAUGCCAGAGAAAAGGCCUGUUUGGUUCCGAACAUGAUGUAUCAGGACACCCGCCUUGCCCUGGAAGCAGCAGAGCCGAAUCUA